UGGAAACGUUUUGCAAGGGGACGAGGUGUCAUUCGGUCCCGUAACGGCGUCCUCCGUGGGCAGGCGUGGGGCUGGCGACCUCUUUAAGCUGGUGGCUGGGAAGGUGCUGGAAGAAAACCCCUCUGAGCGCUGUGCGUGGGGCUGUCGCCUCCCUGGGUGCCGGGUGUCGGUGCUCCAGGGGUGCUGGGCGAAGCUGGAGGCCGUGCGUGGAGGAGGAAGAGGUUUGAGUUACGCUUCGGCAUCUGACAAAGGCAUCCGGGGGGGGAAAAAAGCACUUAGUUAUUCGUUCCCUUUUAGCCAGCGCACCUGAUGGAUAAGGGCUUGUAACAGAUGCUUCCUCUGUAAGAGGAAAGCAUAAGAGAGGGCUUUGUCUCACAUUUAUAUUAACUAAAGCAAAACCCAAGAACUUCCCCACUUUUUUCUAUUAACAAUAAAGAGGCACCCAACCGGAUGGUCCUUUGCAAAACUAUUUAAAUAUUUGGUGAAAAUCCUUAAGUCUUAAUGGAAGUGGGAAACCCCUUUCCCCCGAGCGCUGUGGGGAACGCGCCGAAGGUUUGUUUGGCUUCAAGGUAGCUUUAAUUACAGCUGUAAGCCUGUGCUGUCAGUGCUAAUGAGUUACAGCAGGUCGGUGGUGCUGAUUGUGGCUACCAGGCCUGUUCCUGCCAUGGAGGGAAGCUGCUGUCGCAGAGCUCCGGGCUCACCUGCACGUCACUGCUGACUGCUGAUACCGAGAUAACUCUGUCUUCUGGCAGAAAAAUGAAAUUCAGCCAUGUUUCUGCUCCCGCUUCAGGAUCCUGGGAGAUGCCUCAUCGUCCACAGCAGCAUACACUCAGGAUUGUCUAACAUCUUCCAAUAGAUAAACCCUCUCACCCCGCUGCAAGGACAGCACGUGCUCUUUCGUGUGAAGCUAUUUCCUCUCACCGUCUUACAAUAGCAUGGGUGAUACAAAAAAUAUCUGGUGUUCCUGUAGGAAUGAGAGUUAUAUGGAAGAGAGGAGGAAGCGAGAUUAGGUUAACGCUGACUGCUGACAUACUGGGAAGGCUUUGGAAAAUGGUCUCUCCGUUCGCUGGCCCCACAGCGGUUGCUGAUGUAAUUAAAGAUCUAGACACUCAGAUAGCUUUGAUUGGUUUGGGUCCCCACAACCCCAAGAAGAAGCAGGACCUAGAUAAGCUUUAUGAUCUAAAAGCUAAAGCCCAACAGAUUAUGAACCAGUUUGGCCCUUCUACCUUGAUCAACCUCUCCAACUUCUCCUCGAUAAAGCCAGAACCAGCCAGCACUCCCCCGCAGAGCUCCAUGGCCAACAGCACCACCGUGGCAAAGAUGCCAGGGACGCCCAGCGGCGGAGGACGGCUCAGUCCUGAGAGCAACCAGGUUUUAACCAAGAAGAAAUUGCAGGACCUGGUGCGUGAAGUGGAUCCGAACGAGCAGCUGGAUGAAGAUGUGGAGGAAAUGCUGUUGCAGAUCGCCGAUGAUUUCAUAGAGAGCGUGGUGACGGCCGCCUGCCAGCUUGCACGGCAUCGCAAGUCCAACACCCUGGAAGUGAAAGACGUCCAGUUGCAUCUUGAGCGUCAGUGGAACAUGUGGAUCCCGGGCUUUGGUUCUGAAGAAAUCAGGCCCUACAAAAAAGCCUGCACUACAGAAGCUCACAAACAGAGAAUGGCACUGAUUCGCAAAACCACCAAGAAAUAGCCCCUGGGAAGAGCCGGGAGAUGACACCAGUGCAUUUUGGGAUAUCUGCCUCUCCGUGAUGCCAUCCAUGGGAUAUUUUUUUUAAUGCUUUACAGAGAAGCAUAUAUUUUUUAUUAACGGUGCAGCAAUAUCUUGACUUUAUGAGGAGAUCUGCCAAAAACAUUCUACGCCCCCUUCCUCAUUCGCCCCAAGAGUGCAACGUAUCUCAAAACAAAGACUUUUAUUUGUGACUUGAAAGUGGUUCAUCGUAUAAGUGAUUAUCCAAGGGACAGAGCAUUUGAUCUUGCGUGGGACAGUAUUAGAAGCAUCUGUAGAGGUUUUUGUUUCCUCCUUCCUGCCCCUACCUGCUCCAGUACUUUGUAAUGUCAGUGUUUAUAUAAAUACUUGCGUUUG